UGACAGCAUCCAGCACGCGUCCCAGCAUCACCCCGCAUCCAGCUAUCUAUCCUGUCGGACGCCGUCAGAAUCCACCUUUGAUUCUCAUCCUCAUCUGGAUCGCAAUCAGUGUGGACCGGUGCCCCAGACCGGACCGGUGUCCUUUUAAACCACGAGCAGAUUGAUUUUCACCAGUCUUGAUGGUUGUGAGGACCUGUCUCCGCUCAUCCAAUCCAUACACGAGAGAUGUGACAUCCAAUCACACGCUACAAUUUCUGCAUUCUGGAGCUUUUAGGACACAAGCUGCACCCAGUUAGAUGGAGGAGAAGGAGAGGAGCAGGAGUCGAUCUCCGCGACGGGUCCGUCGGGUGGAGCAAGUGGUGGGAAAAUGGCUGCGUCGCUCUCGAGACUCUCUCAGCAGGGAGCGUAUACUAGGAGGCAGGAGGUUUCGCUCUCGGGAUGCGGGUCAGCAGAAUUUCCCUGUGAAGGUGACAGUGGAGGUGAUCAGAGAUGCUGUGCUGGACUCCCAUGGUUUUACUCUUUCACCACAACACCCCCUGCUGGUCAGGGACAUCACUAUAGGAGGCCCAGCUGAUGGUCGACUCAUACCUGGAGAUCAGAUCCUGAAAGUCAACAACAAAGCCAUAGAAGAUCUUUCUCCAGAAAAUGUCGACCAGAUGAUUAGGGAAUGCCGAGAUUCUGUAACCAUGACGAUCCUUAGAAACAUGUCGAACCCGAAGUCAUCGUUUAUUACGGCAGAGAAGAGAGCUCGUCUGAGAAGAAAUCCUGUUAAAGUGCGCUUUGCAGAAGAGGUGGUUGUAAACGGUCACACUCAGGGAAACUCUCUUCUCUUCCUGCCCAAUGUUCUGAAGGUGUACCUGGAGAACGGCCAAACCAAAGCCUUCAAAUUUCACAGGACCACCACUGUCAAGGAUAUAGUGUUAACUCUGAGAGAGAAGUUGUCCAUUCGUGUUAUCGAGCAUUUCUCACUGGUCCUGGAACAGCAGUAUAACAUCACCAAACUACUCUUACUGCAUGAGGACGAGCUUAUACAGAAGGUGGUGCAGAAGAAGGACUCCCAUGAUUACAGGUGUCUGUUCAGAGUCUGUUUCAUCCCCAGGGAUCCGGUGGACCUUCUGCAUGACGACCCUGUGGCCUUCGAGUAUCUUUUCCAACAGAGUGUGGGAGAUGUGUUACAGGAACGCUACGCUGUUGAGAUGAAAUGCAAUACGGCGCUGAGACUCGCCGCGCUGCACAUUCAUGAGAAAAUGGCGAUCUGUGGACAAACCACCAGAGCAUCUGUCAAAAGCAUCCUGAAAGAGUUUGGUUUAGAAAGUUUCAUCUCUCCCACCCUUCUGAGAAAUAUGAGAGACAAAGACCUGCGCAAAGCUCUCAACCAUCACAUGAAGAAGAUCCAGUCGCUGCUUGAACCACGUCAGAAGGUGAUUUCUGCGUCUCAGGCCCGUUUGGCUUAUCUGACCCAGAUGGCUGAGCUGAUGUCAUACAGCGGGAGAACCUACAGCGUCACCAUGCUGCUGCAGGACAGAGAGACAUUGGUGAGUUUGCUGGUGGGAGCAAGAUACGGUAUCAGCCAAAUACUGAACCACCAGCUUAACAUGAUCUCAACCAUCAUAGACUUCCACUACAUCACCCGAAUAGAGGUGCUGUCAGAGUCCGACAGGAUCAGCAUGGUCAAGAUUUACCUGCAGGACAUUCAGCCUAUGGCACUACUAAUGGAAUCGGUGGGAGCUAAAGAUUUGGCCUGUCUGCUGGCUGGAUACUGCAAACUGAUGGUGGACCCAAACAUCAAUGUGUUUCGCUGGGGACCAAGGCCUAAAAUGAGACGCAUUCCGGCAGAAGAAGGAUAUGUUUCUCGGUGCGGCAGCGAUUCAGAAGACAGUUCGGAAGAUGAUUACGUCAUGGAGGCUCUGCUGGACACUCCGGUUUCAGAAGACACAAUCUCUAAUCAAACUGACGGCACGGAGGAAGGAGAAGAAGAGCAUUGUAAAACUGCAGCCGAGGCAGACAGGGUGAGAGUGAUUGUUACGCAUUCGUAUUUGGAUGAUGAAGGAGAGGAGGCAGGAAAGAGCGAGUCUGUCAUGGACGAGGAUUUCACACUUUUGGAGACGGGUUGGUACACGGACCCUCGCGUCAACAGCAGUUUUUCCAGUUUGUCCAGUAACUCGCUGAAUGCACUUGAGGAAAGUAUCAAGGCGGCCAUCGGUGGACUGGGUCAGAAGGACGAUAAGCCCAGUUCUGUUCUUGGCACUGGGACAUCUGUGGAUGUCCAUCAUCCGUACCUGCUGCCAGAGCGUUUGGAUCAGAGAGGCAAUUUAAACAAACCUGUGCGACCUACCGUCCUGUCCUGUAAUAAUCAAUCGGGUCUACACUUUAGAGAGCUCUCGCAAAUGUCUGACAGCUUGCUAAGCCCGCCUGCGGCCAGCGAUGAUGCGUUGAGCGAUGAAGAAGAUGAGGAAGAAGGAGAGAGUCGCUUUUCCAGCAUGUCAGCAGAAUUUGAGGCUGUGUUGUCGUCUUGCAGUGCUAAUAGCAUAAAUGCUAAAUUAGCAGGGGUGAAUUUUCAAGCACUUUUCUCCAGGAUUCAUAGCCAGGGAGACCGCUUUGCGAACAACCAGAGAAAUGAAAAUAAACAACAGAGACUUUUAAAGAUAAGAUCCAAGUCAUCAAACGUCAAAGUUAAAGAUGCUAGAGCAAAUGGCUCGGACUCAGAUGAUGAAUUUUUUGAUGCUCAAGAUCGAUUUACCCCUCCCAUAACAGAGCUACGCCCCACAGAUAAACAUUAUGAUUUGGAGAACAAGCUAAAUGCUGUCUGCGACUUCAAAGUGAGAGUGCAGGUUCACGAACCCAGAAAGAGAAAUGAAGAGGAAAAAAGAGCGGAAAGCAUCUCGCUAACUUAUACAGACAACAUCAACGAGAAACCUUCUCUUCCGAACCAUAACACUUCUAACGACACUAAAGUGGAGGUCCAUCAGCCCUCACUGAUUUUACCUCCUAAUCCUGCACCUGUGGAAAAUAAACCUUUCUCUGCUAACCAGUCUUCAGGUCAGAUACCUCAGCACUGCAAUGGUGACAUAACUGGACGAAAUGCUCGUCUGUCAUCACAACUUCUAGAGAUGGAGCCAGACACUAUGGAGUUUAAACCAGUCACUGGACGUAAGCCAUCAAUGUCGUCUUCCCUAAUUACAGCAGUACGCCAAGCUCCACAGAAUACAGUAGACUCAGAGACUCUUUACAAUGGGUCCAAACCUCAAAAUGGGAUAUUUGACCAUGACAUAGUAAGUUUGGAAAAGACACCAAAUAAUGGGCAUUUAGAAGGACAUGAUACUCAAGACAAUAAGCCAGCUCAGAAAGAGACAAAAACUACCAAAGGACUGAUUCAACCUGGAAACAUUACAGCAGACAAUAGGGUUUCUUGUGAAACUAGUAAACCAGAAAACAGACCAUCCCACAAGCCCCCAAUACCUCCCAAACCUUCAGCGAUUAUUUUACAGUCAAGACCUAUUUCAAUUGACGCCCCAUCACAAAAACCUGAAGCCAAGAAAAACAUUCCCCCUAAUGGUCUUUCUCUUCAUCCCUGGUCUCAGAGAAAUGGUACCUCCCCAUCUGGUACACUAAGCAGGGGUGUUUCUCAAAGUCAUGAAAACCUAAGAACUGAACAACAGACUGAAAUUUUUGCAGUCAAAGCAACGAGUGCAUCAAACACACCUACCCCUUCUCCCUUACCUUCUCCUUCAGUUCAGUCCGUAAGCAUUGUACCUGAAGAUCCGGCCCAAAUUGGGACUUGCUUCCCCAACAGAACAGGCCCGUCUGGACGACUGCCGGCUUCAGCCUUGCGUGGAAAAAUUCAGGAUAUGCCUUGGUACCUCACUCGUUCCCAAGAGAUCUUGGGGACAGUAGCACUCAGCAACACUAUUUCAUCUACAGGCAUCAGUGCCACUCAUGCAACAGAUGGGAAUCAUGAAUCUAAGAGAGUUUCCCCUAAAGCCACUUCAGUGCCAUCUUUGAGUGACUGGAAAGAGAAAGACGCUGAACUUGUUAUCGUGAAGCUCAAAGAUGGACCAGAGGAAGUGACCCCCAUUCCUGUUAAAGACACCAAUGGUAAACCACCAGCAUCAUCGAGCCAUUCUAACCUGAAGCAGGAAUUAUCUGCAGAAGCCAUCGAGUUGCACAAGCAUUUUGGGACCUGCAAGUCCGAACAACCUCAGUCACAGAAAGGAAACCCUCCAGAGAUGAGACUCGACAAUGCCCCCGCUCUUUCUUCUACAAAUCUUUCCCAUCUAGAUGUGUGUGGUUGCCAUACAGUCUACGCCAACUGUUUCAGUGCAGAUACAGAGGAUAACUGUGGCUUCGAUGACAAUCUGACUGUGUACGAGUUCUCCUGUCGAAACCGUAUCAGUCAAGCACCCCAGCCCGCACCGAUUCCACCCACUUCUCUUGGUGCUCCUUCUCCAAAUCUCCUGUCCCUUCUGAAAGACUCACCUCGUCCCCUCUCCAUGUCUUCUGAGCUCAGUCCACUCUUGAUCCCACCCAGGCCCCUGGAGUCUCUGGACCACAGAUCCAUAGAUAAUCCGCUCCGCUUCUUGCAGGGCCAUCGUUAUAUUAGCGGCCAAAAAGGCGCAGGACUCAAAGAUGGCUAUGCUUCAUUGCAGCGAGACAUCGAUGAUCUACUUUUGGUGUUGAAGAGAGGACCGUCUUCAGUGUACCCUCCGAGCCGCAAGGGAAAGUGUGAAAAUGGAAACGGUGUGAUUGGGCAAACAAUUUCAGAGACAGAAAGAUGCCUGGUCCAGGCAGAGGCACGAAGGUUGGCAUCCGGAUGCCAGAAGGCAACUAGGGUAGGUUGGGCACCUGAUGAUGCUCUUUUGUCACUUGGUAACAGCUUUGGUGCACUGGUGCAACUAGCCUCCACCUGCAUGCGAGUUCCCUGUUCAGACUGCGGAGGUUGUCACGGUGAUAUCGAUGCGGACGAGGCCCUCGGGAAGCUUGAGGAGAUCGUGGACCUAUAUAAGGAGUUUGUGGCCGCCGUACAAACGGCGAGAGAGGGUGAAGGUGUUAGACUGUUAGCCAAACAGUGUACGGUUCUCAUUUCUACAGUCUUCUCUCUCACACAGCUGUUUAGGACACGGACGCCAGAUAUAGACAAUGGAAAUGUACCUCUGACUUUUUGAACUCUUCAGCUUCCUCUAAUGGACCGUAAAGUGAGAGAAUAGUCUAGAAUUGUACUUCAAAAGUAGCGAUGCCAUUUUGGCAUGUAAAAACCGAUUGUGUGCUGGCACACAAGAAAAAUUGUAAGUGCCGUGAGCAACGCACACAUCUAACAAACUGACACAAGAGAUCUGCUAUGUGUUAACUUGUUUGUCUUGCCAAGUCUCCAUAUAAACGUACUGGAAUUAUGCAUUCAAACAUAACUAUUUUCUAACAGUUCUCGAAGUCCUGAUGUAUGUACAGUCUGUGUAGUAUGUAUUUAUUUUUACAUACAGUAUAUGCGCACCAUGGUUUCUAACCUGCUAUACCUGCAUUUUGUUUUUGUGUUUGUUUGUUUGUUGGUGUAUGUGAAAUCCCUACCUCUUGCUCUAAUAACCUGAAACCUGAUAUAAACAGUGUUAUUAAGCUUCACUUGUUUUUAUGUUUAGUUUAGUGCUGCUCUGUACUUAAUCCCUGAUAACCUGUACAAAAUAUUCUGGAGCUACAACACUAAACACCCAAAAUACUCAUGCAGUAAUUUUUCACAAAACUAUUCAAAGGACGCUGAUGUUAUUUUGUCUGCGUUAUGCGUCAAGACUUCAGAAAGAAAUCAGAUGGCAAUAGAAAUUUGGCUAUAUGGGAUUUUUUGUACCCAUGUGUUGGUGUGUCAAGCUGGGCUUCUGAUGUUUGUUUUUAUAUCAGCUGACUGUUAACCACAGAACCAGUGUGGUCCAAAGACGCAAUAGCACAACUUGGCGUGUUUACACUACAGCGUUGUCACCAUGUAGCACCCUGUAAGCGGUCCCAACAAUAUCCACACAGUUUCUAACUUGUCCUUUGUUUUUGACUAUGCAAGUGUCACGAUUUAUAUCUAUAUAUAUUUUUCACAUAUUUCACACUUUCUUACAUUUUAUACAUAUCAAAUGUAUUUUUUGUUGUGGAUCACUAAUAUCUUUGCUUUAGAGGACUUCCCUGACAAACCUAGGCCUUAUAUUUUAUCUUGGAGGACCUUUUUCAACAUUUUGUUAAAUGACAUCAUUAUGGAAAUGCAGCAUAUAUAACAUUGUUUGGCUUUUUUUAAUUUCAGUUUGGUUAAAAAGUUUUUUCCUGACACUUCUAUCAGUGAUGUACAGCACCAAAUCUAGUGUACUAUAAAUAUCUUUGAGAAAGAGGAUCCUAGCACGAUUUCACAUUUAGCUUUUUUCACCGUUGUGCUGAACCCAUUCUAAUGGAGCGUACAGACCCAACAUGAAUUCAUCGAUUUGCGUGAGUCGAUUACAUACAAAGUCAGUUCAAACAUGCAAACUUGCAUGGGGCGAUGCGAAUUAUGCAAAUCAUGCAGUGCGAUUUCCGUGAAAACACUCGCUAUGCACCUCAAACGUGUCUUCGCGCAAGUUAAAAAUAUUCAACUCAAGCGAAAAAAAUACAUGAAACAAAAUUAAAUCCCGCGAGUAAUUUAGAGCAAGGAACAUGAAAAGAACCAUAAGAAUGGUAUGGGACAGUUAGGUUAUGUUUCCACUUGAGGCUAUUUUGGCACGAUACAAUUACAAACUGUUUUCAGCUCGGCUAUCUAACCGAAUCUUGCUGAUCAAAUUUGUGUAGUGACGUCACUGCUCACGAUUGGUCACUCGCAUGUUGCCUGGCUAUAAGUUUCUGUCUGUACCUGGUAAAGCACGUUAUUUGAGCAGAGUAAGCAGUUCAGGGAAAAGUAGUCCUAAAAACGAAACUAUGAAAAACAUUUUUACAUCUCAUGCCGUCUGUAAACUAUCGUCUUACCAAGGCAAUGACUGAUGCAUUUGUAUUACAUUACAAAGCACGCGGAUCGGUCAGAUCAGCACGGAAUGGAACGGUUAGGCUGGCCACACGCAAAGAUUUUAAGACAGAUUUACACUCUUCUCAAUCGAAAGGGGGAGUGGCCCAAUUAGUGUUUUACUGCAGUCGAUUUAAAAAAAAAAUGAUGUGUGAUGUCAUUGUAGUUAUUUUGCUGCUCCUGAUCACGUCGGAGUCUCCCGAUCCCAAAUUGUAAAUUUCAAACAUGUUUGUGGUCGUCCAUGGAUUUAAGAUUCGAAAAUUGUCCAGUUUGUCCCAGGUCUUACACAAUGUGAACAGUUUGGCACGGCGGUGGAAAAGUAGCUAAUGUUUUCCGAAAAUUACUUGUAACGCAACACAACUUGCCUUGCAUUCUUAGCAACACCAGAGGGGGUGCUAUUGUAUGCAUUAGCAUGUACUGGCUUCUUUGAUUGGUUCCUCUAUCAGGUUGACUAUUCUUAUGGCAGAGCAACAAUUGUAAGAGAAUCUUGCUGAGCAAGUUAGUUAAACGGUCAACAUUUGUAUAGCUAUAGCUAGCAGAACAAAAAUAUCUGGUCACAUUAACAGACAUUUGAACAGGUUCGAUUGCCUCACAUUACUUUCAAAUUAAUGCAAAACGUAUAUGUAGUCCCACCUGUAUGAUUUACAUUGCAAUGGUUUCAGGUUCACACAAAACUGUUUCAAGCAUAAGAAUUCCAGAAGAUUUGUUAACAAAAACAUAUGAAGUGAGGAGAUCCCAAGCAAAUGCAGUAAAAAUCUGUUUGAAUAUAGCUUCCUGACCCUAGACCAGCAACGGUCAAGGUUUAAAUUCACAGUGGCUGGUACUAAAUCAGGUUUUAAAAGUUCCCACUCAGAAUAUAGUAUAAUUAAAUCACUUGAAGUCAAUGGAUAGAUUAUGACAUAAUUUUUUAUCGCUUCUGAGUUACUUGAAAUUGGAGAAGUGCUUCCAGAUGGCUGCAGUAUCACUUAUAUAGACACCAACUUCAACACACACUGCCAUACUGUGCUUAUCUAGUCAGUGAGAUCACACAUAGCUAGUUUGUAUCAAGGAAACCAACAGUAGUAGGGAAGAAAGACACUCUUAACACAGUAACUUGUAUAUGUGUAGUAUUUCUUUAUUAAGAGAUUAUUACAAGCGACUCUUCCCAGGAACAAUUUUCAUAUUAAUCUGUCAGUGAACAAACAUAUUUCUGUAUAAAACUUACUGUAGUAUGACUGAGAUCAAAUGAACGCAAUGGCAACUGUAGCAGAUAUGAAACAAAUUGCUUGUUGUGGACCGUAUGUAUUGAGACUCUACUGUACGCAGGCAUUUCAAGGCGAGCAGAUAAAGUUUGAUUACGGCUGUAUGUGAAUGUGAAGGCAGACAGCUUUGAGGAUAACAAUUGAGAAUAUGUUUUGCAUUUCUUCUACUGUGUUCAUGAUAAUAAAAGUUUGAUUUUGAAUGACAUUUAA